AUGGCGACGGAGCCCAAGCCAGUGACAGAGGUCGCGAAGAUGGAUCUGUUCGAAGACGACGACGAGUUCGAAGAGUUUGAUAUGAAUGAAGAAUGGGAGGACAAAGAGGAAGGCAAGGAAGUGGCACAGCAGUGGGAAGAUGACUGGGACGACGACGAUGUCAACGAUGAUUUCUCUCUGCAGCUGAGGAGAGAGCUGGAGAACAAUACUGAGAAAAGCUCAGCUUAA